UACGCCGUUAAUAAAUUUUUUUGAUAUUGGUUAACUCUUUUUUAUUUCUAUUUACACUAAGUAUACAGACGUAAAGAGGAAGGAACGUGUAUGAAUAAUAGGUCGAACGGAUUACCAUCGCAACAAUGAAUUUUGUUUAGAGGAUGAGAUGUGACCUUUACAGCAGCAUUAUUGCCAAUUUAAAAUAAUACUCUUCAUUGUACUAAAUAAAUGAAUAUAACGGUUUCAAAAUCAUUUUAUAUUUCCUUCAAUUGAUCUGGGAAGAAGAGUUUAUAGUAUGAAAAUUCUCCACGUAAAAUAAUAAGUUUUUACUGCUUUUGUUUAUAUCUUUUACUAAAGCAUUUUGAAUAACAUAUUUUCACUCCGUUAUCAUGAAAGAAUCAGCGAUAUCAAAAUUUUCACUCUCUUAUAAGGUAGUAGAUCGCUCUUUCACGCUUCCUCAAGUACGAAGUCUCGUGUCCGUCUAAAAAAAGGAAAAACAAUGGAGGAAUAUAGCACUUACACAACUCCUUUAACAUCUAGAUAUGCUUCUCGUGAGAUGUCUCACUUGUUCUCUCGGGAGAAGCGUAUCAAUACUUGGAGACAGCUCUGGUUGAAUCUUGCUAUAGCUGAACAGAAGCUCGGUUUGAAUCAAAUUACCGAUGAAGCUAUCCAACAAUUGAAGGACCAUGUUCAAAUUACGGCUCCUGAAUUUGAAACUGCCGCUAAAGAAGAGAAGCGUCAGAGACACGAUGUUAUGGCCCAUAUUUACACUUAUGGUUUGGCUGCUCCAGCUGCAGCUGGUAUUAUUCAUUUGGGUGCUACAAGUUGUUUUGUCACUGACAAUGCCGACUUAAUUUUCUUACGUGAUGGUAUGGAUAUCUUGAUUCCCAAAUUAGUAAAUGUCAUCCACCGCCUUAGCCAAUGGAGCAUGCGUUAUAAAGAUGUUCCUACUCUUGGCUUUACUCAUUACCAACCUGCUCAACUCACUACAGUCGGUAAGCGUGCUACUCUUUGGAUCCAAGAAUUGCUUUGGGAUUUGCGUAACUUCGUUCGCGCUAGAAAUGACAUUGGCUUCCGGGGCGUUAAAGGUACAACUGGUACUCAAGCUUCGUUCUUGGCCCUCUUUGACGGUGACCAUGACAAGGUAGAAGAACUUGAUGAACUCGUUGCCAAGCUCAGCGGCUUCGAUACUGUUUACCCCGUAACUGGUCAAACAUAUGAUCGCAAAAUUGACAUUGAUGUGCUUCAACCUUUGGCUUCUUUUGCUACUACUGCUCAUAAAAUAGCUACUGAUAUUCGCCUUCUUGCCAAUUUGAAGGAGGUGGAGGAACCCUUUGAAGCUGGUCAAAUUGGUAGCUCUGCCAUGGCCUACAAAAGAAAUCCUAUGCGUUGUGAACGUAUUUGCUCCCAAGCUCGUUACAUUAUAAAUCUUAUUCCUAAUGCCCUUAAUACUUUUUCCGUACAAUGGUUCGAGCGUACCUUGGACGAUAGCUCCAACCGUCGCUCAUUGAUCCCUGAGGCUUUCUUGUUUACCGAUAGUGUCAUGAAAAUUCUUUUGAACGUUAUUUCUGGCAUGGUAAUUUAUCCUAAGGUUAUUGAAAAGCAUGUCAAGGCCGAGCUUCCCUUUAUGGCUACUGAAAAUAUUAUCAUGGCCAUGACAAAGCACGGCGCCAGCCGUCAUGAAUGUCAUGAGCAAAUUCGUGUACUCUCUCAUCAAGCAGGCCGCGUCGUUAAGGAAGAAGGUGGUGAUAAUGAUCUGAUUGAACGGAUCAAGAAUACCGCUUACUUUGAGCCAAUUCAUAAUGAAUUGGAUUCUUUAUUGGAUGCUUCUACCUUUGUUGGACGUGCUCCUGAACAAACUGAAUCUUUCAUUAAUAAGCACGUAGCUAAAGCUCUUGAACCCUUACAGCAUAUGAUUACUGAAGAAAAGGUAGACCUUGCUGUGUAAGCGAAACAAAGAUGUCGCUAAUUUGUCUCUUUUUUGGACUACAUAAUACUAAUUUACUUCUCAAGAUAGUUUAAUUUUAUUACAUCUAUGCAAUUCUAGUGUAGCGUAGUAUGAA